AUGUACCUGGUGACUAGUGUGGCCCUGGUUCCCGCCCCUGGUGAGGUGGUGGUGGUGGUGGUGGCGGUGGUGGUGGUGGAGGGUGACAGCACGGACACCGAAACCCAUCUGACGAAGGAGUGGGAGGAGCCAGCCAGGCAUCGCGGCGACGUCCUAGACCUGCAGGACCAGUUCAGGCGGCGCCGCUCCCCUGUCUUUGGCGUCCUACGCUCCCUCUUCAGCAAGAAGAGGCGCCCUUCAAAGGCCCCAAGGCCAUCCUAUGGCCCCCCUCCCAAAGCUCCUAGGCCAUCCUAUGGGCCACCACCCAAGGCUCCUUCAAAGGCACCCAGCUCAUCCUACGGACCCCCACCCAAGGCUCCUUCAAAGGCCCCCAGCUCAUCCUAUGGAGCCCCACCCAAGGCCCCUAGCCCAUCCUAUGGUCCUCCUCCAAAAGCUCCUAGUUCAUCCUACGGCCCUCCCCCCAAGGCCCCCAGUCCAUCCUACGGACCCCCUCCCAAGGCUCCUUCAAAGGCCCCCAGCCCAUCCUAUGGACCCCCUCCCAAGGCGCCCAGCCCAUCCUAUGGACCCCCUCCCAAGGCGCCCAGCCCAUCCUACGGCCCUCCUCCCAAGGCUCCCAGCCCAUCCUACGGACCCCCUCCCAAGGCACCCAGCCCAUCCUACGGACCCCCUCCCAAGGCACCCAGCCCAUCCUACGGACCCCCUCCCAAGGCACCCAGCCCAUCCUAUGGACCCCCUCCCAAGGCGCCAAGCCCAUCCUACGGCCCUCCUCCCAAGGCUCCCAGCCCAUCCUACGGACCCCCUCCCAAGGCACCCAGCCCAUCCUACGGCCCUCCUCCCAAGGCACCCAGCCCAUCCUACGGCCCUCCUCCCAAGGCACCCAGCCCAUCCUACGGACCCCCUCCCAAGGCUCCCAGCCCAUCCUAUGGUCCUCCCCCCAAAGCUCCCAGCCCAUCCUACGGCCCUCCUCCCAAGGCACCCAGCCCAUCCUACGGACCCCCUCCCAAGGCCCCCAGCCCAUCCUACGGCGCCCCUCCCAAGGCACCCAGCCCAUCCUACGGCCCUCCUCCCAAGGCUCCCAGCCCAUCCUACGGACCCCCUCCUAAGGCUCCCAGCCCAUCCUAUGGUCCUCCCCCCAAGGCUCCCAGCCCAUCCUACGGACCCCCUCCCAAGGCACCCAGCCCAUCCUACGGUCCUCCUCCCAAGGCACCCAGUUCAUCCUACGGCGCCCCUCCCAAGGCUCCUAGCAGUUCCUAUGGCGCUCCUUAACAUCCUACUCGUCAUGAAGUCCUAAAUGUGAAGAAUGCAAGGAUGAGGAAGAUGAAGAAGCGAAAGAUGGAGAAGAGAAAGGAAGAUAAGGAAAGGAGGAAUGAGAGGAUAGAGAUAAAAAAGGAAUUAGACCAUAAGAAGAAGGAUGAAGGAAA